CUAGGGUUUCACCUCAUUUCUUUCGCAACACACACAGCCCGGCGCCGCCCGCCGCCCGCCGCCCGCCGCCCGCCGCGGCAUGCCUCCCUCCGUCUCGCCGCGGGGCGACGAGGCCGAGGCCGGUGCGCCUGUGCCCGACCCCGCCGCGCUGGCGCGGUGGGUGCGGGCGUUAUGCAUUACUCGCUCCGACCCGAAGCAAGGACAGCUGGUGGAGCGUUGCAUUCCGGCGGACGCGCUCGAUCACGGCUGCCUUGACCGGCACAUCGUCUUAUCCUCCCUCCUGGAAUCCACCUCUCACCAUCCCUCCCCCUUGCCGGUCCACGACUCUAUAUUCUCCUUCCGUAUUCCGAACCCACCCCCUUCUGCGGAGGGCAGCUUCAUAUACGGCUUUGUAUUCAACCGCCAGCGCCAGCGCCAGCACCCAGACCGCGUCGAGCAGAAGUCGUUUGUGAUACUUUCGGAUGCUCCUUAUGCUGGUCUGUUCCGUGAUCUGGUCCAGAUGUUUGGCCCUCAAUGCCUGGACACCAGCCAGACCGCGCUGUGGACUGUGGCAUCGCAAGUCGCUGACUGGCCGGACCCAUCACCAGGGUGCCCCAUGGAGCUCCCCGUUGGCAGCACCAUGCUGCGAGUCCAUCUCCCGCUUGCCGCUGCAGGCGCUAUCCCACUGUUGCUGCCGCAGAACCCGGGUCCUUUUCAUGAAGUCGAUUUAUUUACUGAGUUCUCUGGUCUGCUGGAUGACCUCUGGACAUUGUGGGAAUUGAUGUUAAUCGGUGAACCCAUACUAGUUGUGGCGCAAUCACCAGCUCAUUGCUCCGAGGUUGUCUGCGGUUUGGUUAGUCUCAUUGCCCCAGUGUUUUCCAGUGUGGAUUUCAGGCCAUAUAUUACUAUUCCCAGUCCAGACACUCGACGCCUUGCUGAACUUGUAGAAGACAAGGUCCCAAUUAUUCUCGGCGUGACAGACUUACUGUUUCUGGAGGUUUUCAAUAGUAUACCAAAUGUUGUGUCCGUAGGGAUCUCUGGUGGGCAAUCCCCAGCAUCAACAAAUCGGUUAAAUGAGAGGCCCGUGAAGCUAAAGUGUUUGAUGAAAGCUAUACACUUAAGAAGAGGCCCUCUUUCCCUCUUGUCAGAGUAUAGGGAGGCCCUAUGGAGUGAAUAUGUGCCAGUUACAAACCCAGACGAGUCUGUUCUAAGAAGACUCGUGGACUCCAAGUCCAUGUUAGCCAUCAACAACACAACACUGCGGCAGCAUUUCUUGGAGCUCACAAGCAAUUUUCUUGCUCCUUUUGAACCAUAUCUGAGAAUUACAACACCAUCUGAUGGGAGUUCUCGCUUUGUUGAUCAUUCACCACUGUUGCCACCAUUUGAAAAAGGCGAGUUUCUCAAGGGUUUAGCUGCUAAAGGUCCAGGAGAUUUUUUGGUCAAAAGGAUGAACAAUAACUGGUUGGGUUUAUACGAGAAAUUCAUUGAAGGCCCUAACUUCAUGCAGUUCAAACAAAGAUUUUCCUCUUUGGAGAGUAUUCGUUCCUUUUAUGCUAUUGAGCGGUGUCUUUGCAGAGAGAUGGAGAAUUCUCCAACAGGUACUGACGAAUCAAUGGCAGCAGUCCAGAAACUGAGGACAGACCUCAAAGCAGCAUUCAGUCUUCUCCCAGAUGACACACAACAGCUGCUACUUUUUGACCAGAAAAGAGCCAUGCUUCUUGAAGUCAACGAAGAAACAGUCUCAGGAUCUGGUGACGUUGUCUCCGGGACAGGCCCUGGAAAAUCAUUUGUUCAGAUGGUUACAGAACCCUCAUAUCUACCCGAUUUCUUCCUCAAACCCCCUGCUACGAGCUCAGUGGUAAUUGGGCUGAACUAUCAGAAAAGGGGUGACAUGAGUUUUUUGCUGCUUUCAUUGCGUGAGACCGUUUACUUUGUCGACACUAUCCGCGGGAAAAAGAUUGUUGAAGCUUGCAAGGUGGUGUUGGAGUCGUUGACCAUAAAAAAAGUUAUUCACAGCUGUGUACCUUUAAGCAAGUUACUCUUUAAUGAAUAUGGCAUCACUCUUCGUAAUGUGAUGGAUACUCAGGUCGCGUAUUCUUUAUUGCAAAAUCAGAAACAAGAAAAUCCAGAAUGGGAGGACUUGUCCCUGACGAACCUUUUCACCGAUUAUCUCUUCCAAGGAAUGACAUCCAGUGCAGCACAAGAUGACAUAAAGCUGCAAUGUCAGGAUUUGGCAAGAUCAUGCUCGUCCUUGUCUGAUGAUAUGAUUGAGGCACUAGAAGUAGGAUAUGUAUGGCUUCUGCCUUCUUUACAUGGUAUGCUUGAAAAUGCAUUACCCAACUCAUCUUUUUGGGAUGUUGCAAUUCUAAGUACUGAGCUUUUGAGGCAUGGACAUUGGUCGGGUUCUGAAGUCACGCCAAGUUCUGACUUAACCGGGGCUGGGUUGAGUUUCCAGGAUGAAAUGAUGGAAUCAUUUACAGAACGGUGCACGAAGAUUGUGUGUGCAUAUGCUCAAACUCAGAUUACUGCUUGUAGUGGUGAUGGCCUAUUUUUACUAGCCGAGUCUUUCAGAUUCGUGAUUAAUAUGUUGCUCAUUCAAAAGAAAACCUGGAAAGGCAGAUUUGAGCUGUGCCAUCUGGUCAUCAGGAAUGGCAAGUUCUUAAUCUUGAUGCCGACUGUUGCUGACGCUAGUGCUGAAAGCGCAUUUCUUGAUCUAAAACAACUGUAUAUUCUCAUCAAGCCUUUUUUCAAAAACAACGGCAGAUUUGCAAAUUACGUCUCGAGUCUGAAAAUGACCAUCGAUGAACGUUCAAAGACCGUUACUGAUUCUCAGCUAGAGGUUUUCCUCACCGAACUGCUUACCCAUAUGUCAUUUGGUGAGCCGCUUGAUAAUACGAGUCUCCUUAUUCACCUUGUUGUAAUACACGAAAUGCUCAGUGGUAGUGAUCUGUUACGGUUUGAGGAAAUUGUCAAUAAAGUUCAGUUCUUUGAUGAUGACGGCACCCCACUUAUAUGGAGAGAAAUUGCGUGGAAGGCAUAUCCGUUGAUGAGUGUAUACUUUUUCAAUUCUGUAAAGAGAAAGACACACACCUUCUCUGAGGAGCGUGUACAUUGUCUUGAUUUAAACAGGCAUGUGACGCAACAUUUUGUGGAAGCUAUGUUUUCGAAGACCAUCCCACCUAUCCCAUUAAGAACAAAUGUACCAGAUGAAGCUAAAGAAGCACAGGACAAGGCAAUCCUGAAUGAACGCGUUGCUGAAAUCGUAGAGUAUUUUUUGGGAGUUGUUCGCAGACCGAAAAACAAAACUGCUGAUAAGGAGGGUUUACAACAGGUAGUUCAAACUCUUGAAGAGCCUGGCCACAUAUGUGGGCACUACUAUGGGAACUUCCUUGCGCAAGCGGUGUUCUCAAUCUUUAUGGAGUUUCGCCCUAAUGACAAUGAAGCGAUUGAUAAUCUUCGCUCAUGGUACAGGAGGCACUCACUUUCUCCUCGACACAGAGAACUGUGAAAUCUUGGACAAGUACUGCUGAAUCAAUAGCAGCAUGUCAGAAACUGAAGGACUUGAUGGAUCAUUCAGUGUCCUUCCGAGGACCUGCAGCAGCUGCUGCUUUCCAACCCUCGAAGAUCUGGCUUUUCCAAAUCAAGCCUAGAAUGAGUGCAGAAUUCUCAUGCUUUUUUUGUACAUGGGUGCUGGCCUACUGGUCUGAUUCACAUUGGAAUUAGAUAAUUUCUAACUGCUAGCGUUCCUCAUCCUAACUACUUUGCACUAGUCAACAAUUUGUAUGCCCGCAUGGGCUUGCUUAAUGAUUAGUGACAUAUUAAAAUUCUUA